GGUUUGAAGCAAGAAAAAUUUGAAGAAAAAAAUAGUUUUGAAGAUGAGGAAGAGACAAGUAGUUGUGAGAAGAACAUCAUCAUGUGAAGAUCAACAAAGAAGUGUGAAAUAUGGAGAGUGUCAAAAGAAUCAUGCAGCUAAUGUUGGAGGUUAUGCUGUUGAUGGUUGUAGAGAAUUUAUGGCAAGUGGUGAAGAAGGUACAAGUGUUGCUUUAAUUUGUGCUGCUUGUGGUUGUCAUAGAAACUUUCACAAAAGAGAAGUUGAAAAUGAAGUUGUUUCUGAAUGUUCUUCCCCUCACUCUAAUGGUACUUGAACCUGUUUCAUUAUAUAUAUCAAACAAGUAUAUAUAUAUAUAUAUGGUAUUCUUGUAAUAUAUUUAGUAUAUAUAUUAUAUAUGCUACUUGAGAGUUUGGGAGUGGUACUAUAUAUAUAUAUUUAUAUAUU